UCCCGCAGAAACUCCAGGAAGUGUCCUGGAACAUGGAGGCCCAGUUCUAGGGCCCGCUGUGCGGUCAGAGGCUCCUCGGCCAGACGCGCGUGCCCGUGAGCCCGAUGCUCGCGGCCCGGAGCGGCCGGGCCUGGCUGCUGGCCUCCGGCUCGGCCUCCCUGCUCCUGCUCCUGCUCAGCGCGCUGCACGGCCCCAUCAGCAGCAUGCACGCGCGCUGCGACCCCCGGCCGGGGGGGCGGCCCCUCUACAGGCUGGACCCCAGCUGGCCCCGCAGCCCCGAGCUGUUCAGCGGGGAGGUGUUCGCCGUGGCCGCCGACCAGCACGCCGGGCGCGUGUACGUGGCCCAGAGAGGCUCCAACGUGCCCAAGCUGCUGGUGUUCUCCACCGAUGGAGACUUCCUCCUGUCCUGGAACACCUCUGCUCUGGAGAUGCCUCACGGCAUGUUUCUGGCGGGAGCUGCCACGGGAAACCCCACCCUGUGGAUCACCGACGUGGGGGCCGGGCCCUACGGUCACUGCAUCAAGCAGUUCUCCCCCUCAGGGCAGCUUCUGCAGCCGGCUGAGAUCUUCGUCCAGGACUCUGGGGAGAUGUACAUAGUGGACGGCGAUGGCGGGAUGAACAACCGCCUCCUCAAGCUGUCCAGAGAGCGGCAGGUCCUGUGGAUGCACGGGGAGCGGGGCCAGGGCCUGGCCCAGUUCUACAUCCCCCACAGCGUCACCGUGGACGACGCCCAGCGGGUGUGGGUGGCUGACCGCGGCAACAAGAGGAUCCAGGUGUUCAACUCGGUCACCGGGGACUGGCUGGGCACCUGGGGGAGCUGCUUCUCAGAGGACGCCCCCUACUCCGUCCGCCUGACCCCCGACAGGAAGUACUUUGUGGUGGUGCAGCUCAACACCAACCAGAUCUCCCUGCUGGACGCCCCCCCGGUGGGCCUGAUCGGCCAGUGCCGGGUGGUCAGCGUGAUCCAGCUGGCCGACGAGGUCAAGCCCCACCUGGUGGACCUGGACCUGAAGACCGGGGCUCUGUUUGUGGCGGAGAUUGGAGCCCAGCAGGCUCAGAAGUUCACCCCGUUCAGUCUGGGGGGGGAGUGA